UUCAGACGUAUCAAAGUGCUUGAGUGCUAUAGGAAAUAAAAUGAUUUAACAAUUUCACGGCUAUAUACACAGAUUAAAAUAUGUCUUAUAACGCAACUGCAAAGUUUUUGCAAAGGGUAUUAUGUAAGCAGCCCUUGGGUGUUCGAACUUAUUCUGUGGAAGCAACAUUUCCCAUCAAACCAAUUGACACACACAAGCUUGAAAACACACCUGCAACUGAAGUACAGAUCAACAAAGAUGAUGCAAUAUCUUACUACACGAAAAUGCAAAUUAUUCGUCGAAUGGAGCUGAAAGCUGAUCAACUGUACAAACAAAAAAUAAUUCGAGGAUUCUGUCAUUUGUAUGAUGGGCAGGAAGCUUGUUGUGCUGGUAUUGAGGCAUCACUGACUCCAAAGGACGAUGUGAUCACUGCAUAUCGUGCUCAUGGCUGGGCUUACAUCAGGGGUGUACCUGUUUGCAACAUUCUAGCUGAACUAUUUGGUCGAAAGCUUGGCUGUGCUAAAGGCAAGGGAGGUUCCAUGCAUAUGUACAGCAAGAAUUUCUAUGGCGGCAAUGGUAUUGUUGGUGCACAAGUACCACUUGGUGCAGGAAUUGCAUUCGCCCACAAAUACAGAAACAGUGACACAGUAACCGUUGCAUGUUAUGGAGAUGGAGCAGCUAACCAGGGUCAAAUAUUUGAAUCAUUCAACAUGUCACAACUGUGGAAGCUGCCUGCUAUAUUUGUAUGCGAGAACAACCGCUAUGGUAUGGGCACAUCAGUGGAAAGGGCAUCAGCAAGUACAGAUUAUUUUACUCGAGGCGAUUACAUUCCUGGUUUAAGAGUUGAUGGAAUGGAUGUUCUUGCUGUACGUGAAGCAACGAGGUUUGCAAAGGAACAUGCAGUUAAAGAGGGCCCAAUAUUGAUGGAACUUGUUACAUACAGAUAUCAUGGACACAGCAUGAGUGACCCUGGUACAAGUUAUCGUACGCGAGAUGAAGUCAAAGAAAUUCGACAGAAUUUGGAUCCGAUUAUGAAUUUCCGUGAAAAGAUAAUUUCUGCAGGUUUCGUUACCAAACAAGACGUUGCGACAAUCGAUGCUGAAGUGAAACAACAUGUUGAAAACGAAACUGCAAAAGCUCUUGCCUCAACUGAGCCGGAUUUUGAUCAAAUUGCUUGCGACAUUUAUGUCACUGACACCCCCCUUUCUAUCCGAUCCUGCAACAUUUACAACCAGCUACACCACCAGCCAUCUGUCUAAAUAUUCUGUUUGCACCAUUUUCGUUUACCUUUCUCUUAUAUUUUUCAAACUAAAAAUUCUAAUAUAUAUAUAAAUCUCGUAUUGCAGGUUGAAUUAAGACCGUGAUACAUUAAAUUAUCAUAAAGAUGUU